AGAAUGUAAAUUAAUAUACAGUUUGUGAAAUAAAAUAAAUCUAUAAUGCAACUGACCUCAAGCCGGAAACAGCGGAGAAGAACAUCUACAAUUAUCUCUUACGCAAGUUUUUGGGAUACUGUCGUCAGCGUGUGACCUCACUUCCAUAUCAAUCAGCGGCGGUGUUGUGCACAUGGCAGACCAGGAAGAGCUUUUGAGGUUCUGUAAGCGCCUACCGAAAGUGGAGCUCCAUGCCCACUUGAAUGGCUCCAUCAGUCCAUCUACUAUGGAGAAACUGAUAGCACAGAAACCUCAUCUUAACAUCAAUCAUGAUAUGGUGAUGAUCAGAAAAGGGCAGAAAAGAACACUCGAGGAAUGUUUUCAGAUGUUUCGAGUAGUUCAUCAAAUAACUAGCACAACUGAAGACAUACUGGUGGUAGCAAAAGAUGUCAUUAAAGAAUUUGCUGCUGAUGGAGUGAAGUAUCUUGAGCUGCGGAGUACUCCACGAGAAGAAAAUUCCACUGGUAUGUCAAAAAGAAGUUAUGUGGAAGCAAUACUGGAAGCCAUAAGGCAGACAAAAGAAGAAGGUGUUGAUAUAGAUGUGAGGUUUUUGCUUGCCAUAGAUAGAAAAUAUGGCGGUGAUGUCGCCAAACAAACUGUAAAACUGGCUGAAGAAUUCUUUCUGUGUAGUGGCGGAGUGGUUGUUGGUGUAGAUCUUAGUGGGGAUCCAAAUGCAUACAAAAGUAGCGAUUUCAUUGAACCACUCAGAGAAGCGAAAAAUGCUGGAUUGAAGCUGGCUUUGCACCUUGCAGAGAUUACUGGUCAAGAAGAUGAGACAAGGGAUUUCCUAAGUAUCCCCCCAGACAGAAUUGGACACGGAACAUUUCUUCAUGCUGAAGUGGGAGGCUCACAAGAACUUGAAAAUAUUGUGAGACAUCUGCAAAUACCCCUAGAAUUAUGCAUGACGUCGAAUGUGAAAGGCCAGACUGUUCCUGCUUUUGAAAAUCAUCAUUUUGGAUACUGGUCCCGCCUUGGUCAUCCAUUAGUGAUAUGUACUGAUGACAAAGGAGUUUUUGCAACUGACCUGUCUCAAGAGUAUUGGCUUACUGCAACAACAUUCAAUUUAACUCAACUACAGUUAUGGGAUUUGUCAUAUAAAGCUAUUGAUUAUAUUUUUGCCUCUGAUAUAAGAAAAACGCAGCUUAAGAAGACUUGGAAUGAAAAUAAACCAUGUCUGUUUAAUCAAGAAAAAGCUGAUUAAUUGAGGUUUGAUGGACCAGUAGAGAAUUAAAAGUAAUGUUGAUUGACUUAGUGUGAUAGGUCGCAUGAGAUUAUUUUAGUGAAGUCCCAGUCCUGCUGUACGUGCCUCAACUAAACAGUUUCACAGAAGGUUUCUUGCCUUCAGCACAAAAUGCUAAUGGACUUGAAAAGGUAAAGAGAGUUUUGAGGUUUGAAAUAAACUUCAUUGUAGAACUGGC